GGGGCGGCCGGGGCCCGGGCGGCGGCGGCAGCGCUCAGCACCCCCUGCGCGCCCACCACGGCCAUGCGGCCCCUGCUGCUGCUGCUGCUGCUGCCGCCGCUGCUGCUGCCGGGCUCCGCCGCGCGCCCUGCGCCCCCCAGGGCCCCGCGCCACUCGGACGGGACGUUCACCAGCGAGCUCAGCCGCCUGCGGGAGAGCGCGCGUCUGCAGCGACUGCUGCAAGGCCUGGUGGGGAAGCGCAGCGAGCUGGACACAGAGAACGGCACGAGCUGGACCAAGUCGUCUGAGGGCCGCUUCUGCCUGCAGUGGCCCCACUCGCCCGUCCUGCAGGCCUGGAUGCCCCUGAGGGACCCCCUGGAUGAGGCCUGGUCUCCCCAGCUGCCUCCUGGACCCGGGUCUGGGGCCGCAUUUUCACAGCCGGCCGUGCCUCCUGCUGAGAUGUCACAGAUGAGGCCCUGAGGAAGAAGGAGCCUCCCCUCUGUCUGCAAGGGGAGCACCGUGGAGCCCAGGCCAGGGAGGGGUGGAGCGGGAGGAGGAGGGGUUGCACCUGUCACCAAUAAAAGAGGAAUUCAGA